AACGAACAUCCCGUGAAAAAAAAAUGAAAAAAAAUAUUUCGACAUAUAUUUUCGAGCGUAGAAAUUGAUUAAAAAAUUGUAAUAGGAGGUUGAAGGUACAACUCCUCUAAAAUUUAACAAGUUAUAUUUUAGCACUUCAAAUAGCUUAAAACAACUGUUUCAAAAAAAAUAAAUUAGCUUAAAAGAAAAUAAGUGAAGAGAUACAAUUUGAUGCACUCCCAUAGCCAUCUCUCCUUCUUUCUCUUCUCUUUUCAGUUUCAGUUUCAGACCCUUUUCUUCUUCCCUUACAGGAGACUUUACCUUUCUUCAACUUCAAACCCUACAAAUUACACGCAAACACCUCCAGCUCCACGGAAAUGUGAGAUACAAACAACUACCUUUUCGCCAACAAAGGCUUACAGUGUCAAUUUGGAUGCACUGGUGUUGAAUAACAGCUGUUCGAGGAAAUGUCCCAGAGAAAUGAUGGUUUUUAAGAAGCAUAUUUUGAAGGUAUGAUAAGGAUAAUUUGGAAGUGUUCUGACCUAGCAUAGCUUUAUCAUAUGAACUGGAGAUUGGAGGGAACUUAUCAUUGAUUGUUAUUAUUCAUUGCUUUGAGAAUGGACCAUGAGCUUGAAAUAGCAAAACCCAUCUGCAUUAUCUUGUGAAGCUUGGUAUAGUAUUUGGGAUUUUGUGUUUUUCUUUUUUUUUUUUACUUUUGUGUGCAUAAAUUGGGUGCUAUUGCUUAAAUAGUGACAGUGCAAUUGUAUGCACCCAAUUCUAAGGCAAGUAAGUUGUUACCACAGGACUUCUCUUUCUUAUUACUCUUACAUCUUAGACCGAUGUUGGACGAUAAAAUCUUUAGAUUUUGUCAAGAUCACUCAUGCCCAGUUGAUAAAAGUCGGGUUUAACACUCAUACCUUUCUGGGAAAUCGCUCACUCGAUGUUUACUUCCAGUUUGGGACUGUUGAUGAUGCAUUGAAGGUUUUUGAUGAUAUUUAUUACAAGAACUGUAUAUCUUGGAACAUAUGCUUAAAGGGAUUGUUUAGACAUGGCUGUCUCGAGAGGGUGCGUAUGGUAUUCGAUCAAAUGCCCCUUAGAGAUGUGGUUACUUGGAAUUCAAUGAUUUCAGGUUUUUUGUCUCAUGGGCUUGUUAAUUAUGCACUGGGACUUUACUUGAAAAUGCAAAAUGCGGGCGUGAGACCCAAUCAAUACACAUUUUCGAUUUUGGUGUCACUUGCUUCGUGUGUUUAUCAGGGUAAGCAAAUUCAUGGCUGCAUAAUCCGAAAUGUUCUUGAUUUAUCAAAUGUUGUGCUUGGAAACUCCUUGAUAACCAUGUAUGGAAAACUUGGACAUGUUGAUUAUGCUUUUGGAGUGUUUUUGACAAUGGUGAAGGUUGACACCAUCUCAUGGAACUCUUUAAUUUGGGGUUGUUAUAGAUCAGGGUAUGGAGAACUGGCAUUAGAUCAGUUCUAUUUGAUGAGAACUACUCAACAUAAACCCGAUCAGUUUACAAUGUCGACAGUUAUCAGCAUUUGCUGUAACAUGAGAGAUUUAAAUAAAGGUAAGCAAAUCUUUGCUUUCUGCUGCAAGGUGGGAUUUUUGUCUAAUAGCAUUGUUUUGAGUGCUGCUAUUGACCUUCUUUCCAAAUGCAACAGAUUGGAAGAUGCAGUACAUCUUUUUAAUGAAUUAAAUAAUUUAGAUUCGGCCGUGUACAAUUCCAUGAUUUCGAGUUAUGCAGGACGCGGUUUCGGGGAGAAGGCAAUGGAACUUUUUGUGCUUAUGUUGAAAGAAAAUCUCAAGCCCACUGAAUUUACUUUCAGCAGUAUUUUGAGCUCUGUCUCUGGUAUUCUUCCAGCAGAUCAGGGUAGUCAAAUUCAUUCUUCUGUGGUUAAAAUGGGUGUGGAGUCGGAUGCAAUUGUUUCUAGCUCACUUGUGCAAAUGUAUUCUAAAGUUGGAUUGAUUGACUAUGCUAUGAAAGUUUUUGUUAAUAUGAGUGAGAAAGAUUUGAUAUCUUGGAACACCAUGAUAAUUGGACUAACCCAUAAUGGCUAUGUAUUCAAGGCCUUGGAAAUUUUCAAGGAAAUGGUAGCCAAAGGUUCACAACCGGAUCGUAUAACCUUAUUCGGGGUACUGUUAGCUUGCAACUACGGAAAUCUUGUUGAUGAGGGAAUUCAAGUCUUUUCAUCAAUGGAACAUGAGUACGGUAUCAUACCCGAGUAUGAGCACCACCUUUGCAUAAUAGACUUGUUGAGUGGUGUUGGAAAACUCGAGGAAGCAAUGAAUAUUAUAGCAGAAGUGCCAUUUGAACCGAGCUUUAUGUUAUGGAGAGCAGUUCUUUGCUGUUCCAAUGUUCAUAUGGACUUAAAUUUGGUUGAAAGUGUUGCAGAAAAGAUGAUGGAAAUAAAGCCAAAAUCAUCUCUACCUUAUUUGGUUUUGGCUGAAGCUUAUGAGAUAAGAGGGAGAUGGGAAAGUGUGAUUCGAGUCAGGGAAGCCAUGAAACGUCACUGUAUAAAUGAAACGGUUGAAUGUAGUUGGAUUGGGAUAAAAAACCAUGUGUAUACAUUCAAGGCAGACCAGUUGCUACAUCAUGGAGGUGAAGAGAUUUACUUAAUAUUGAAAUUGCUGUUUUGGCAAAUGGAGGAGGCAGGUUAUAUAUAAACCAUUUGAAUAAGUUCCUAAGAAGAAUGGUAGAGACAUAGAAUUAAAUAAAUAAAUAAAAGGCAUAUAUCUUAUUUGUUUAUCUGAAGAAGAUGAAGAUAAUCUCUGGCUAUAGUUGAUGAUUUGGGGUUGUGCUGUAUUGGCUGGCUGGCUUACCAUUUGAGUUUUGAGCAAAAUUUGCAGUACAUAAUUUAGAUUGAUAUAGUUGCAAUUGCAUUGCAAUCCAAAUCUAAUUGUACAGAAUGAGUGAGUGAGUGAGUGAGUUGAGUAGAAAAAAUGGGGCUAAUUUUGUCAUAAUACCAGGCAUGAAACAAUUAUUGUUUAUUUUAUUUAUAGAUUUGUUAUUAUCAUUAAAAAAAUGGUUGUAUUGAUUUAAUAUUAUUAUGUAAACACAUUUGUUUAUAAUAAUAAUAACUUUCUUUUAAGCAUUUA